CGCCCCUCUUCCCACCGUGUGGUCCAUCGUUCGCCGCUUCGAUAACCCCCAAGCCUACAAGCAUUUCGUCAAGACCUGCCACCUCGUCCUAGGUGACGGCGCCGCCGUAGGAUCCCUCCGCGAGGUCCGCGUGGUCUCCGGCCUCCCCGCCGCCGUCAGCACAGAGCGCCUCGACCUCCUCGAUGACCGCCGCCACGUAAUCGCCUUCAGCAUGGUUGGCGGCGACCACCGCCUCUCCAACUACCGCUCCGUCACAACUCUCCACCGCCGAUCCGCCAACCGCGACGUCGAUGAAGGUACGGUGGUCGUGGAGUCUUAUGUGGUGGACGUACCGCCCGGGAACACCUCCGAGGACACGCGCGUUUUCGUUGACACCAUUCUUCGGUGUAACCUUCAAUCUCUCGCGAGAUUUGCCGAGAAUUUGGGAAGAACGAGAUCGCAAUAUCAACGAUAACUCGUCUCUUCGUUAGGAGUUUUAUCGCUUCAGAGGGAGAAAACAGCUUCUGUCUUCUGCUCAGUUUUGUUUUUUCCCUUUGUUGAGAAAUAAAGUGAGAGUGAAUGAAGAACAAGGGUGUGUUUGUGUUCCA